AUAUAGCAUCACUUUCUCAUCAAUUCUUCUUCAUUCAGAACUACCUAGCUUGCAUGAGAUUGAGGGGUUGAUUUGGAAGAAAAACCAAACCCUAGGUUUUUCCUCUCCCAAAUCCUAACCCUAAAACUUGUGCUAGCUUUUUCUCUAUCAAAAAUCUCAACAACAACACCAACAACAGAAUCAUGCCUCUCAUUCCAUUGGAAGCCUACCCUGGUUUAGCCAAAAUUUUUGGUAUACUAGGUAACCUCAUUUCCUGCAUGGUGUUCUUAGCUCCAGUGCCAACUUUUUACCGAAUAUACAAAAAUAAAUGCACUGAAGGCUUCAAGUCACUACCAUAUGUGGUAGCAUUAUUCAGUUGUAUGCUUUGGCUAUUCUAUGGAAUUAUGAAAACAAGUUCUUUUUACAUCAUUUCCAUCAACACAAUUGGAUGUGGCAUAGAAGUUAUCUACUGUGUCAUGUAUAUAGUCUAUGCCCCUAGACAUGCAAGGAAAUCAACCAUAAUACAAUUUGUGGGUAUGAAUGUUGUUUUAUUCACCUUGAUCUACUUGCUCACAACAUUUGCUAUACCUAAAGACUAUAAAGCUAUAGUUCUUGGAUGGAUUUGUGUUGCUAUGUCAGUGAGUGUGUUUGCAGCACCUCUAAGCAUUGUGGUACGAGUUGUUAAAACAAGAAGUGUAAAGUAUAUGCCAUUCAAUUUGUCACUUUUCCUUACAUUGAGUGCCAUUAUAUGGUUUGGAUAUGGUUUCUUUAAAAAGGAUAUGUGCAUUUAUCUUCCUAAUGUGGUUGGAUUGUUAUUGGGGAUAAUUCAGAUGGUGUUAUAUGUUUAUUACUCAAGAUAUGGUGGUAAGAAUGAUGAAGAGCAAGAUCAAGGGAUAAGUAUUGUUGUUGUGAAUCCAUUGGGUUUGGGGUCUUGUGAUGUGUUUCCAUUUCCAUUAGAUGAAAAUGAUGAUAUUAUUGAGGAAAUUAAUCAACAACUUCAAGUGAAGAAGUUGGGUUUGGAAGAUGAAAAUGAGAAGCAAGAGAAAAAUGUGGAAGCUAUAGAGUUAGGAGUUGUGGUGUGAAUUGUGUGGUAAUAUUAUAUAUAAUGUAUGAUAAUAUGAUAAUAUACUCUUAAAAAUGUGAAGUGCAUGAAUUAAUCAUGAUGAUAGUUUCAAGGAGUAGUGAUUCUAUUGUAUCAUGGUUAUGCAUGUGUGACUUCAUCAACAAAAUCAAUUAAGUAAUCUACUCCUCUUCAUCA